UCAUCGCAAUAUAAUUAAGGUGCAGUGCAUGCGUUUGGGCAUAUCGAUCGAUGGAUCGGGUGGCCAAGUUGGCAGCGCAGAAGGCGGUGGUGGUCUUCAGCGUCAGCUCCUGUUGCAUGUGCCACGCCGUUCAGAGGCUCUUCUGCGAGCUGGGCGUCAGCCCGGCGGUGCACGAGCUGGACAAGGAUCCGAGGGGGAGGGAGAUGGAGAGGGCGCUGGAGAAGCUCGUCGGGCGGAGGGCGCCGGCACCGGUGGUCUUCGUCGGAGGGGAGCUGGUGGGGUCCACGGACAGGAUCAUGGCGCUGCAUCUGGGAGGGAAGCUGAAGCCGUUGCUGCGACAGGCUGGCGCUCUGUGGCUGUGACUACCAUCUCUCUUUGGGCUACUAGCUCAAGCUAAGUCUGAUGAGCUACGUUAAAUGAACAAUGAGCAAAUCUGAAGGGUGAUUUUGACCAACUGAUAAAUAUAUGCUCCUUUUACGUUG